AUGUCGCAUGCUGUGGCCGAGCGCGUGCGGGAGGUGGGAGCGGGUUCUGAGCCUCAUCCGGGCAGGGUCUGGGAGCCCAUCGCCGAGGCCCCUGGAGGCUACUCUGGCCGGGCCGGAUCCAGGAGCUACUCAGUCCUCGCUCAGCAGUUUAUUAAGUGCUUACUAUGUGCCAGGCCUGGUCCCAGGCCCUGGGGUACAACAAGUGGGACCCCCUCCCAGAGUGACCAUUUAACCUCACUCCUGUACUUCUUCCCAUUCUUCCAGGGCGAACAUGGCCAAAGGGUUGAGUGGCGAAAAUGGAAGCAGCAGAAGAAAGAGGAGAAAAAGAAGUGGAAGGAUCUUAAGCUGAUGAAAAAACUGGAGCGGCAGCGGGCGCAGGAGGAACAGACGAAGCGCCAGGAGGAGGAGGAGGCAGCUGCACAGAGGCAGGACCAGGGGAGGCCCUACACCCUGAGCGUGGCCUUGCCUGGUUCCAUUCUUGACAAUGCCCAGUCGCCCGAGCUUCGCACCUACCUGGCUGGCCAGAUUGCCAGAGCCUGUGCCAUCUUCUGUGUGGAUGAGAUUGUGGUGUUCGACGAAGACGGCCAGGAAGCCAAGACUGUGGAAGGGGAAUUCAGGGGCGUCGGCAAGAAGGGGCAGGCAUGUGUACAGCUGGCCCGGAUUCUGCAGUACCUGGAGUGUCCACAGUACCUAAGGAAGGCCUUCUUUCCCAAGCACCAGGAUCUGCAGUUUGCAGGGCUCCUGAACCCCUUGGACAGCCCUCACCACAUGCGUCAGGACGAGGAGUCUGAGUUCCGAGAGGGCGUCGUGGUGGACCGGCCCACCCGGCCAGGCCAGGGCUCCUUCGUGAACUGUGGCAUGAAGAAGGAGGUGAAGAUUGACAAGAACUUGGAACCUGGGCUUCGUGUGACCGUGCGCCUGAGCCAGAAGCAGCUCCCGGAAAGCAAGACCUACCGUGGAAAAGUCGUGUCGUCUCAGGACCCUCGCACCAAAGCUGGGCUCUACUGGGGCUACACGGUCCGGCUGGCCUCCUGCCUCAGUGCUGUGUUUGCCGAGGCCCCCUUCCAGGACGGGUAUGACCUAACCAUCGGGACAUCAGAGCGAGGCUCGGAUGUGGCCUCUGCCCAGCUUCCCAGCUUCAGGCACGCUCUUGUGGUGUUCGGGGGCCUCCAGGGGCUAGAAGCUGGAGUGAAUGCUGACCCCAACCUGGAGGUGACUGAGCCCAGUGUCCUCUUCGACCUGUAUGUGAACACCUGCCCCAGCCAGGGCAGCCGCACCAUCCGCACCGAGGAGGCCAUCCUCAUCUCCCUGGCUGCCCUGCAGCCAGGCCUCACCAAGGCAGGUGCUGGCGCAGCGGAAGGUCCGUCAGGCACUGGAGAGUGAAGCAGCAGCGGCAAAGCCAGAGGUUCUUGAGGUGUCACCCGGGACAAACACAGCCAAGACUUCCUCCAAAAAUAACCAUCU